CAUAACCCAAAUGACCCUUAAAGGUGGCACAACCCACGCUUGUGCAGCCUGCAAAUACCAGAGGAGGAGAUGCACUCCCAAGUGUUUGCUCGCCCCAUAUUUCCCGGCCGACCAACCCAAGAUGUUUCAGAAUGCCCAUCGUCUCUUUGGUGUGAGCAAUAUAGUUAAGAUUUUGAAAGGAAUUGACCCAUCUCAAAAGAGAGAAGCUAUGAAUUCCAUUAUUUUUCAAGCUAAUAUGCGCGAUAGAUAUCCAGUUGAAGGGUGUUGUUAUUUCAUUAGAGGUCUUCAGUCUCAGAUACACCAGACUGAGAUGGAAUUGCAUGCGGUUCAUUCUCAACUUCGUCUUUACCGACAACAACAACAACAACAAACACAUAUGCAAGAUGGAUCAACUAUUAUAGAUGAAUGUACCUCUAAUCUUCAACUAGGAAUUAAUGCAUUAACCUUAUAUCAUGAACAAGCUGAUGUUAAUUCGCUUUCGACUCCUUUGCCUGUUUCAUCCAAUGAACACUACACAAACACCAUAAAUGUCGCUUACAAUGACGAAAAUAAUUCAAUGUGGAUUCAACAUGCGUACCCACAACACAACUUCGGUACUGAAACCAACAAUAUUAAUAAUAAUAGUAAUAAUACUAUGAGUAACAAUUCGGUGUUGAUGAUGCAACCUCUCUUAGUUUCAUCCCAACAUCAAAAUAUACAAGAAGAGCCGGUUCAAGAUUAUGAUGAGAUGCACACUUUCUUUGAUACAAUUGACGAUAAACAAUCUUACAUAGAUUCCAAUGACACAUCUGAUUCAAGCUCGGACUCAUCUUUGAAAGAUACAACUGACUCAUUUCAGCAUGUAGCGAAGAAGGAAUUAAAGAAUGUAGCUGCAUGUUUCAGCCUGACCAGUGUCAAUUGA